GUUUUUGAACGAUGUACGUUUUGGAAGGCACCCGGAUGUAAUACAGGACGGCUAACUAGAGCUUGGACAGCUAAAAUGGCAGCCGAGGGGCAGGCCCUCUUGGCUGUCCUAGAAACGGAAACCAAGGUUGGAGAACUAAAGGAAGCACUCUCAGGCAUACAAUUAUUCCUGGAACCGUUGCUGGUGCUGGGCAGUGCAAGCCAGCCAAAUGCCGAAGCGUUGCGGCCAGUCGCACGCACCACAGGUCCUCUUGUGACACGUCUUGUGAAAUGUAUGGGCAACCGGUUAGUUCCUGCCCUGCGGCAAAGCCCAGAGCAGCUACGCAUUCUCAGCGAAGCUGCUUGCUUGGGCCUGGACGCGCUGGACUGCUUGCAUCCCGUGAUCAAGGCGUCUCGGCACGAGUUGGAUGUGCAACGAUACAACUUUGUUCGGAAGUUAGCUGCGCUGGGACUCCAUGACCUCGCCAUGGAACAGGGCAAAGUGCUGCACACUUCCGCAGCCUCUGGCCCUGGUAGCGUGGCUGGUCCGGGCGACCUGCACAUUGCCGCUGUGGCCAACCUCUUGGUGUGCUAUUGCGAGCUGGUGCAUUUGGACCCUACCCAGGCUUUGGCCCUGUGGAAAGACGUGUAUGGACCUGUAGAUGGUCUGCUUAGACACGCAAGGGAUGCGGGUGACCCCUCCGAGGCGGCAAAGCGGCUGGAGCCAGUGCUGAAGUGUCUGUGCCGGGUGCUUGAAAAGCUACAGAGCAGCGACGCAAUCUGCAGCCUAGGGCCCAGUGGCAUUGCGCAGCAACUGACCGCUCUCCUGUCAUGUGCCGCCCUUUGCCGCCAAGAGCAUGUCGUGCAGCAGAUGCUGCUAGACGAUGCAGCCGCCGCCGCUACUGCUGUUCAAGUUGGGAUGGCAGAGGCCAUACUUGCGGAGCUGACCCUAUCAGGUUCGCUGCCUCAGGCACUAAGCUCCUUGCUGCACCAGCUGGCCCUUGGCCUUCUACAGAAGCGUGCUGCCAUGCCGGUGCCUUCGAACGAGGGGUCCGUUCCGAGCCAUCCCCUAGCAGCUGCAGUUCAGGUCGCACUCCAGCUGCCAAAGUGUGUGCUCUCUCAGCAGGCCCCAGAGCAGCUUCCCACGCUACUCGCCAUGGUCUCUGGCGUGGAUAAGGCCCUCGGCUCCAUUACGGGCGAUGUGGGACAACGUUGGCUGCGGUGGACCUGCUUGGAUGUCCUGAGGGUGUCGGUGGCGAGCGUCCUGACCCAGGUUGUCAGCACGCCGCAAUCAACAGGCGGACAGUUGCCGACGAUCGCGCUCUGCAUGGAGCGGCUUUCCCAGGACAGCACGGACCUCCUCACCCAACGUUACGGAUCGGCUGCCGUGGUGGGCCCCAGCGGCUGUUCUGCAUCUGCCAUCGCAGUUCGCCUGCUGACAGUGCAACGCACCUUCACGGGACAGCUGGCUUUGCUGCAAGACGAUGUGGCACGGAACCUCAGCACUCUCCGGCAGCUCAUGCAGCUCACAGAGACCCGGUCCCUGGAGGACGGCGUGGAGGGGCUGGGCGUGGCUUCCUUGCAAACCCUUUCGGCACUGCUUGGAAACGCAGGCUUGGACCUCCUCCAAGCACAACAUGCCCGACCGGCCGUUGAGCUGCUUCAGUUCUCUGCGGAGCUGGCUAUCGACCGCACGCGUCGCCUGCAGAAACAAGACGCCGCAACCACAAGCGCAGAUGCGUCGCAGCUAGUAAAGAAGUGUAAGGCGCAUGUGACGGCCCUACAGCAGCUGUCUGAACACACCGCCGCUAUGGAGGCGGCAGCGGCCUAUGUGGCGGGCUUGCAUGAGGUCCUAGGGGGCAACGUUGGUCGGGCCUCAUCACUGGUAAAGCUGCACGUGCUCUCUAACGUGGCCGCCGUGGCAGCCGCGACCGUAGCACCUCCGGCGCCACAGCCGCCUCCGUCAGAGCUGCUAAGUCCUGUUGCGGCCGCAUCGGUAGGUCCCGUCGCUCCCUGCAAAGCGCCGCGGAGAGGUGGGCGUUUACAACGCAUGCAAACGGAGACGCAAUGUCAGCCGGCAAAGGCCUGUUCGGGGCGCACGCGUAAGGGCAAGGCUUCACCAGAAGCAGCCGACGGCGCUGCAUCUGCGGCUCUUUCAGGUUCUGCUUCGGCAACGGCUGCCGAGGGCGCUGCCGUGAGGUCCUUAGCACAGGCGCUAUCCGCGGCGGUGAAGAGUGGCCAUGCUCCGGCAAGCAUGCUGGACUCCUUGGACAUGUACGCUACGCAGGAGCUGGAGCUUGCAGCGGAGGAGUGCAGGCGGCGGAAUGAUGGCGACGCCUUCCAACAGCAGCACACCGCCUCAGUCUUAGGUGCGCUGGCCGGGUGUGCCGACGCCAAAGCGAGCGACGCCGUCUUCAGCGCCCGGAUGCUGCUCGUCAAGGCUCUCAGCCUCAGCAACUUCCAGGAGGACCUUGAGGACGACCUUCGAACCGCUUGCAGCCAGCUUAACCAGCAGCUGGCGAAGCUUGAGCAGCGUCAAGGCUUCGCGGCGAAGCUUGAUCCCGGGCUUGUAGACUCGACGGCGCUCGCGUGCGCACUGCUGGGCGUGUGGACGGUCCGCGGCCAGCUGGCAAGGCGUGCGCGUCUGGAUAGCACGGAGGCUGUGCAGCACCUUGGUCGGGCCAUCGGUUUAUGGGAACAGCUACUGCAGGCGCAUCGAUCUCUACCGCUGAGACUGCCACAGGCUACCUUGCAAGUCGCCCUGGAGGUUCAGCAGCUCCUGCACCUUCACGGAUGCACCCAUGCCGACGUGGCGGCUCGGUGCGGCCCGGUUGUGUGGCAGCUUAUGCACUGCCUAAGCGAACAGGUGAAGCUGCGCGAGCAGCAGGCGUACAUGCUGCACGCCACGAUGCCUGGGAUCACAUGCCUUGGCCGGGCAAUCACGGUGCAGCCCCAUCCUUCCCUAGCCGAGGCUGCCACUAACACGCAGCACAGUAAGCUGGUGGAGGUGCUUCAGCUUAUGCGUCCUGUCAGGGACGCGUACUCCUCGGAUCCAGUGGACCACCCUACCGUCGCAGCGGCAGCUGACGCCUGUAGCAGAGAGCUUGAGCGCAGCACCUUCCUGCGCCAUGGCCCGGCCCCUCUGUUGCUGCGGAGCCAUAGCCACCAGAUCGCGGCUGCUGCAUACCUCCGUGCCGGCGACACCGUUAACGCCUACGUGCAUUCGCAAGAGGCGCUGCGGAUAACCUGCAGCCUUUUUGCCUCCCUCGAGUGCCCGCUGCCUUUGGAGGAGCCCGGCGCGGUGCAAGCAGCCCGGCCGGAGCAGGAGUUGACGCCGGCCGAAGCGGCUGCAGCAGCCGUACAGUCUGGCGCUGCAACAAGUGCGCAAGACUACACUGUGCAGGAGGAUGACGAGCAGCAGGAAAGCAGUCCUGCUUCUACAAUGGAAGGCACCGGCGGCAGUGGACCGGCGAAGUGCGCUGAUAACAUGCCGCGGCAGAGCGUGAGCUUGGGGUUGGCAUGCGCAGUAGCUGCAGCGCACCUUACUUCCCUCCACCAAGCGGCCAGGGUGUUCGAAGCCGCCGGUUGCGCUGAAGAUGCAAUGUCCCUGUGGAAGGAGUGCAGCCGCGCUUCGAUGAUGUUUGGGGCCGUGGGUGUGCAGGCUCUGUGCGGCUGCUACCUCUCGGAGCUCUGCGCUCGGUGUGGUGACGCAGAUGCAGCUAAGGCGCACCUUGACGCUGCAAGCACUGCUGUUGAGCAGCUGCAGGAAGCCUCGGACCGGACGCCGAAGGGUGAUGCAGGCUUGUUGCGGCUGCAUGUGUGCUCAGCACGCGCGCGCAUUGCCUUGUUGGGCCAACAUGACAUCCACGCUGACGUGGACUGCGUAAGCGGUAUCUCUGCCUGUGAACGUUUCCUUCAGAGCACGGCGGCCGGCAAGCACCAGGUGGCCAGCUGCACUGGGCUGGGCUCUUGCACGUACCGAGCGCAGAGCUGGCACGCCGUAAGCCUAAGAAGCCAACUUCACAGGCUACGGGCGGCAUCGCUCAGGCGGCUUGGGCGACUGACCGACGCUGCCGAAGUUCUGCGCAGCGAAAGCGUGCAGCUGCAGGAAGCGGCUGCAACCUGCUGUGGCCGGAGUGCUGCGGAAGUCUGGCCCGUCGACUACGGGCUGUUGCUUGCCCAGGAAGGGGGCCUGGUUAGCUCCGUCGCCCACGGGAAUGGUGGUCUUGCAGCGGUUGUUGGGCUGGGGCAACGUCGUUCCGCACCUUCAGGCGUGCGGCUCUCUGGAACCUGCGACGGGCAACAGGAUACGGACCAGGCACCCAGGAAAGGUGGCAAGGCAAAAGCUUCUGGCGUGUGCCGCAAAGAUCUCCCCAAGCAGCAGCACGGCCAGGAGGACGCGACUAUGGCGCAUACUGUGCUGUGCGGCGUCCCGGCCCUACUGCUUUCCUUACGGCUCUGCUGGCAAGUCCCGCUUGCGGCCGCAUAUCCCUGCAGGCAGCUCCUGCGCGCUUCCAUGGCGCUCGGAUUGCCGCAUGCAGCAACCCUGUUCCUGCAUUUGGGGCACGGCAUGUCGUACGCCCAGCAACAGGCGUUGCAGCGGCGGCAGCAGCAGCGAACCCUGCCUGCGCCAAAAGCGCCAGCGGAGUAUGACAGCGCUGCUCCUCCGGCGCAAAGCGCACCCAUGGACGUGUGCGCCGAUGAUGCCUCUGUCGAGGAUGAAGGGGGCCUGUCGAACGCGGGGAAAGGUUCGCCGCAAGACGUGCGCGAUGCGGCGCUCCAGAUGCUAUCGGGCCUCAUUUCGGGCGGAUGCAGCGGCGACGCGUUAUCCACGGCCCUCGAGCGGGGGGCCGAAACCUGGCUGCAGCAGGCGUUGCGUCUGAUGCCGGCACGCUCCAUAGUGGCGAUUGUUACCCAAGAUGAUGAAGCUGGUGAGGUGCUUCUGGGCAGAGCUACGUCUGGGAGCGUCCCGCUGCUGGCGUCGCUGGGUGGGUCAGGGCCCAGUGCCAACACCGAGGACGGAAAUGGCCGUUCGCCUAGCGGUAGCGGCGGCAGCGCGAGCACAGCCAGCAGCAUGUUGGGCGGCUGCGUGGCACGGCUACGGACUCUGUUGGAGGAGAGCGGCGACAGCAUGCAUAUGGACCAGGAUGCUGCGCUGUCGCAAAGCCACAAGGCAAAGUGGUGGAAGGCGCGGACGUCACUCGACCAGGGCGUCAAGGUCCUGUUGCAGGAGCUGGACAGCCAGUGCUUGGGCCCGUGGCGUUGCUUGCUGCUGCCAGUUCCGGACCACCAUCGUGGCGUCCUGGAGGCGGCGGCAGCUGCAUUCGUGCAGGAGAGUCUUCUCUCGCUUGCGGACCAGCAGCAGCAGCCGGACGAGAGCGAUGCUUGCCCCCAGCGCAUGCGCUUGCUGCAAGAGCUGUUGGUGGUAGCGAUGUCCAACAUGCAGCAUCUGCAGGGUGAGGACUUGGUGACGCUCCUGCGCACGCUCUGCAGCCAGUGCGGCCUGCCAAGCGACCCAGUCAAGCUGCAAGCGCUAGCGACCCAGCUGAUGGCCACGGAGGCAGCUGUACGAGUGCAGCUUCUUUGUCUGCCGACGUCGGGGCAGCAUGGUGGCCAUACGUCGCCAGUGGGGCCUGCGGAGGGGGAUGGGGACUCAGCCGGAAGUGCCGGCGGCGGCAAACUAGGAGCCAAGCAGACGCCCCGCGAUGACGUUGCGCCAUGCGUGGGAGCACGAACACGUGCGCAAGCAGGCACUUCAGCUGCCUCCAAGCCAGCUGCUAUUGAGGCGGUGCGGCGUACCAGGGGCACAGCUGACACGCAGCCGGUCAGCGGUGGCUUAACAAAGCCAGCAUUGGCCGGCAGGGGCGUGGCCCGCCUUGCGGUGAUGCAGCCUGAGCCAUCUAGCUCCAUGGUUGCAACGAGAGCGGCUGCUCGUGGUGCCGGAACCCGUGUGGCGAGUCGCGCUCGCACUGCUGGCACCAUGCUGCCUGCCGACGAACAACCGGAGCCAAAGGUGGCGCAGUCCUCACAAGCUGGCCGUGCUCGUCCUGGUACCUCUUCGGCAACGGCCGCAGCGGCUACCGCGGAGGCGGCACCGGCAACCAUGGGUGGUCCCAGUGCGCAGCCCAACGCUGGUCCUGUGCUGCUGGUGCUCGGGCCUAACUUGCACGCCCUUCCGUGGGAGAGCAUUCCUUGCUGCCAAGGAGGGGACAUUUACCGCAUCCUGAGCUUGCCCGUCGCCUGCGCAACGGUAUCCGCUGCGUCAAGCUGGUUUGGUGCUGCGCAAAAGGUGGAGGCAUCUGGCGGGCGCGGCUCACCUUGCAGUGCGGUGCCGGAGUCCUGUGGGGUGCCUUCCUUGCCGCCCGCGUACUACUUGCUGAACCCGAGCGGUGAUCUUGUGGACACCCAGCACUUCUUCCAGCCCAUGCUCGAGGCGGAAUCCAACUGGCAGGGCCUAAUAGGCGAGCGUCCCACAGCGCGGGCCUUGUUGACAGCCCUGCAGAGCUACGACUUGUUCAUGUACUUCGGGCACGGCAGUGGGGAGCAGUUCCUUCCGCUUCCCGCAAUGCGCAAGCUGCAGCGCAGUGCUGCCUGUCUCCUCAUGGGCUGCAGCAGCGGCCGCCUCCGCGUGCAUGGGGCCUACGACCCCACGGGCGCUGUCGUCGCCUACCAGUUGGCAGGCUGCCCUGCACUGGUGGCGAACCUGUGGGAUGUCACGGACCGGGACAUCGACCGGUACUGCCAGGCGCUCAUGCAGCGCUGGUUAGGCUGCCAGAGCGCGAGUACGGGAGGAGCGGCUGUUGGGCACAGCAGCAACAACAGCAGCAUGGACAGCCAGAAGGCUGUCGACCUUUCUCCAGCCAUCGUAAGCAAGUGCGAGGUGCUUGGCCUUGCUACGGCCCGCAGCAGAAGCGCGUGCAAGCUGCCGUACCUGAUUGGUGCAGCGCCAGUGUGCUAUGGGCUGCCGUUGCAGCUCGUUGAGGGUCGCCUCAGGAGCUGCUAGCCGCUAGCACACUGUGGUUACUUGGAGGUGGACCGUGCAUACUGCACUCCGGGUUGUCUUAAGUGUUCACGAGUGCGUCGCUCGGCUACUGGUACAUGCGUGGCGUGGUUCUUGCAGGGUUGGACUGUUGACGGUAACUUGCAUGGGAGGCUUGCGGGGAGCAUUCAUUGCCGUGACUUAGACAAUUAAUGUGAACAUGUUGGAUUAACGUGAACUUCCCGCAUCACUGUGCAGCGCUUUGUGCAUGUCUGGUGACCAUUGAGGGCAGGUUAACGUGUUUUGGUGUGUCUCCCAAAUUACGUGAGCGGUGGGUACCAUUGGGUGAUUAUAUGGGUAGCCACAAGCUUCUUGUUUUUUAUCCAGGUUAUUAACGAUGCUGCACGGGGCUCACCCUGGCGUCCAUGCAGCCAAGGAGGGAAGGUCCUGUCGACCAUGAGCGAGGUACGAGGCGAUUCCCGCCACCGUGUACGGUUGUGACGCGGCGCUGACGCUUUCCGCGACGGACUUCACAUUGUAUUCAAGUGGACAACUGUGUCGCGAACAAGUAGCCAAACUGCAAAAUAUUAGUGUUGUCCGCUUCUUGGUAACGGUAUCUACUACCUACGCUAUAACGCGUUAACGCCCCUUUGUAGGAAGGUAAUUCCCAGCUACGUUAUACCUUUUCUGAUACUACUAAGCAGUGACAGCGUUUGGGCAGCCCUUGUGAUAGCGCGAGGGACGCGAGUCAACCGCCUUACGCAGAGUGAAGUCGAAUGGCGUAUCGAGGCCCACUGGGUAACUCUGGGCACGUUAAGCAUUAUAGAAAACACCAAGCAAUUGGUUACCAUUUGGCUUGUCCAAGGAUUUCUGCUGCAAAGCUAUUCACACAGCAGCAUGCCCCUCGCCGAACUCAGCCACGUGCGCAAAGUCGUCCAGAGUUAGCAGGUGUUAGUGCUGCAAACGUAACCACCUCGUCACCUGUAAUUCGCAGCAUUUAUGAUGUAGACAACGGGCAGAUUCUGGGCUUCGGCGCUGACUUGGCAGAAGACCACCCCGGCUUCAACGACCUUACCUACAAGCAACGACGAGCUAUGCUUGCAGAGCGCGCCAAGUUGCACCAAGUCGGCACGCCCAUCCCCGACGUCUCCUACACCCCAGAGGAGGUGGCCACCUGGGAUGUGGUGUGGCAGCAGCUGGGGCAUCUGCUGCCGCAGCACGCCUGCAAGGAAUACCUGCGCUGCCUGCCCCUCUUCGACUUCCAGCCUGGGAAGGUUCCCCAGCUAGAGGAGAUGAAUAGUGUGCUACAGGCAGCAACCGGCUGGAAGAUAAGGCCCGUGGCCGGGCUCAUGCACCCGCGGCAUUUCCUGGCAGGGCUUGCGUUCAAGCACUUCCACUCAACCCAAUACAUGCGCCAUCACAGCAAGCCCAGCUACACCCCCGAGCCGGAUGUGGUGCACGAACUCAUUGGCCAUGUGCCGCUACUAGCCGACCCGGCCUACUCGCGGCUGGUCCAGGCCAUUGGUGUUGCCUCUUUAGGCGCCGACGACAAGACCAUCUGGCACCUCACCAAGGUCUAUUGGUACACGGUGGAGUUCGGUGUGGUGCGCGAAGGGGACAGCAUCAAGGCCUUUGGCGCAGGCAUCCUCUCCAGCUACGGUGAGCUGCAGCACAUGGCCUCGGGCGCCGCCAGCUUGGAGCCGCUGGACCCCUUCCGCCCGCUGCCCCGCAUGUCGUAUAAGGACGGCUACCAGCAGCGCUACUUCCUGCUAGACAGCUUCGAGGCGGGCGCGCAGCUGCUGCAGAGGUAUGCUGCCACGGUGGGGCUGCCGGAGGGGCUGCGGGGGGAUGCGAGCGUGGGUUGAGGUGGGAGAGGUGUGGGGUGUGAGAGGGAAAGGAGGCGUGGUGGGGCAUGCGAGGUUCCCGUUGAACCACUGCACAAACGGCUAGCUUGGUCGGCUAGGUGUACAAAGAUGGCAUUUCCGUCACUGGUGUCAGUAGGAUUGGUUCUUUUCAGUUUUGGCGGCUUUCAUGAAUGGCGAUAGCGCAAGGCUAAGGCUGGAGCUGCAAGCAGGAGUGGCGCAUGAACGGUAUGACGGAGAGAGUUGACGUACAGGAUUGCAAAUGUUAAUGUAUUUCGCUGUCGGAGAUGCUGCUGGGGUUUUGUUGCUCGCAUGGCAUUGCACGCUGACCUGUGACUUGUAUGUGUCAUUAUGAAGAGUUUUCUUGAGGUUUCUCCCUCCCAUGCAAUGGGCGUGUUGCUUUGUGUUGGUGGUCCUCACUUCCCCGUGUUUCGUAACGUGCAGAUCCCUGCCGCGUUGUACGAUAAGCGCUGUAUUUUUAGUUGUAUAAGUAAUUGUCUAAGCCUAGGUAAGAUAACUCUGUACGGAAGGUGCCGACUCUGUUGCAGUGGAAUGUGUACAGCAUCCGGGUCUAUGAUCUCGUGGCCGCCGUUUGGCAGUUGGAGCUGCUGAAAACCGUUGCUUUGACUGCAACGGCCUAACCAACUCCUUUGUAGCACUGUGCUUGUACGCAAAGCUGCGUGUAUCUCGGAAAGGUUAAUAGUUCGCCUUACACCAGCUUGGCAGCCAUAUCUUGGCAGCCAACUGUCGCUGCGGAGGUGUAUUCAUGGUGUGAUGCUUGGCAAACGGUGGGAUUCGGAAGAGUGGGGGCUCGCUUAAGAGAAAGAGCUACCGGUAUGGCACCCCACGUGGGCGGUGUGGGGCUUACGCUGCCCAUUACACCAUUCUUUUGCUGUCCGUUACAUUCAUUACCUAGGGACUCCAUAUCCUAUGACUCAUCGCUAUUGAACCCCUCGAGGUAUGCCUCGUGUAAGAAGCUUACAAUACC